AUGAUGAACACCACCACUACUUCCCUUCAACAACCUUCUCCCGUUCACACAGACAACUACAAACAUCUUCUCAAAAAGAAAUCAGUCGUCUAUGACAAGGAGGGUAAUGCGUACAAAAAAAAGUUGAGAAAGAUUUUCAUUGGUCAAGAUCUACAACCUCAACAACAUCCACAACAAUACUUGUAUCUGCAGGGUGGUCCCACCUCUGCAGAACAGGAUAUAUCCACUAGUAAUAGUGCAGCUCAAUCAUCUUCAGCCCCGCAAUCAUCAACAACGACCAGGGAUCAUCAUGAUUCAAUCAUCACAAAUACCUUAAUUCAUACGGAACAAUCAGCAACAAACUUUGUUUGUGCCUCAUCAUCAUCCAAAGAUAUUCAUCAGGAAGGCAUUAGAAUUAAUAACACUACUUGCCCCAAACCUUUUUAUAGUGUUGGAGAUGCGGUCCGAUUCCGUGAACACUCCCAAUUAGUAACACAAAUUGGCUUUGUUUAUCACAAGAAAGCCUCAUCUCUUCAUGAGAAGGAACGAGUUCCGAAAUGUGUCGUUUACAUGUUGAGCAAUGAGAAGUAUUGGGUUCUUGAGUGGCUCUUGAUGAAAGAGAAUAACAUUGAGGUUGGCGCGAGAGUGUUUGAGGGUAAAACAGACAGCAUGUCCUCUUCGUCAUUGUUGAAUUCAACCGGAGCGAGAACAGGUGAACAAGCACGUUCGGCCGAGCAUGACACUACAUUGGACAAUACAUUGUUGAAUAAUAAUAGCAAUCAACCACACAUGAACCAACAACACUCUGUGGCCGAAGGAACCAAUAGUACACCAUCCGAUUUCAAUAAGGGUGAAUCCAUUCAUGGUCACUGCAUGCAGCAACAAGAUGCGUGUAACCAUAGUACCAUUACAUCUCGUUUCAAUGCGCUGCACCAACAAUCCUCAAACAAACUCGCUCAUGGUGGUCAACAACCUCAUUCCACACAACUCUCUCCAUUCUCUCACGGGAUCGCAAAAAGCUUAAUUCACACGUUAACAACUGCACAUGGCUGCAAUUCACUGAUGCAUCAGAAAUCCAACCACAACUUGUGCACUCCUGCAUCACUUCAGCAAUUAAUUACACUAUUUCAACCCAAGAAGAGCCAGAACUCAAAUUAUGCUAUGGUUACGAAUGUUGAUAAUAAUAAUAAGGAGAAGUGCAACCACCACGCUGAAGACAACAAACCAAACGCACCACAUGUAGACCAGUGCCCAAUAGAUUCUGAACAAGUUGUUUUUGCCACUCCAAUCAAGAAUCUUUCAAACGCAUUCCGACCAAUCACUUCAGUUGCGGAAGAUUUUGCUAAUAACAUCAUGCCACCAAACGAAAUCAUGUCUGACCCGAAAAAAAAACUCUCCUUAUUGCUCGUUUCAUCACAUCAUCCAAGCAAACGAAAGAAACAAUUAGCCCAUAACUCCGUUCUACUGACAAGCCAACUCAACAACAAGCAGCAUACAACUGUUGAGAAUAACAAUUAUCAGAUUAAUACGAAUAACAAUAUUCGUGUAAACUCAGCGGGAGAACAAAGCGAACAACAUUCAAAUAUUGCAAGCAAUAAUAAUAAUCAGAACCAUUCCUCUUGCUUUGCACCAUCAAAUAAUAGCACAAUCAACAACACUUACAGCGGUAUCCAUUCUACAAUUCCAUCAAACAUGAACCAAUUCUUUAUUCAGCCUCCAUCCUCAUCAUCAAACACAGACCAAUCCAAUGAUGCCAACUCGAGUUUUAAAAAACAAAUCAUGCUGAAUCAUAUUCAUCAACGACAACAACUAGUCAAUCAACAACUUAUGGAAUUAUUGAAUCAACAAAAGAGAUCAUCCUCUUCUUCGUUGAACAGUAGCGGAGGUUUUACUGGUGCAUCACAAAAGUUUGAAAAUCAGAAUAAUCAACUGAAUGUUCUAAAUAUUAGCAAUAAUGCACCAUCACAGCAAGCUCAUUUCCAAUACAAUAUACAGCCAUCAAGCGGUCCAUUCAGCCAGACGACCAUUCUCUUCUUUAAUCACAACUUUGACUUGCGACCAACUGAUCUACUUCAAUUUUUAGUGAUUCAAGUGAAGGACGGACAAACAUUGAAGGCAUCAUGCUUGAACCCUGUAGUUUCAUAUGAUAAUGAUACCUUACUCAUGCUAAAUGAAAUUUCCAAUCGUGUUGCCUUGAAUUCACUAUCUAGUCUAGACGAAGAAUUGUCAAAGUUUGUUCAUUCAAGUCCUCUUCUCAUCUCCAUGCCUCCGCAAGAUGAACCAUGUAGCGUUUUGCUCGUAUUGAUGAAGAAUUUCGUUCCUGUCACAUCACCAAUCUUGUUUGAGUAUACUUUACCUUGA